AUGGCCGCUCUCGCUGGUGCCGGACUUGAAUACAUGAUUAUCCAUCCAUCGACCGUCAAAGAUUCUAACAAGUUGGAUAAAAAGAAACCAAGUCAAACUACCAUACAGCAAGCGUUCCAUCGAUUACAGCAAGUUUUACCUCCUGAACAUGUCACUGUGGACGAGGAAAUCUUACAAAAUCAUGGUUAUUCCAGUAAUAGUUAUCAUAAUGAAGGUUCUCCCAACAUUGUGGUGUUUCCAAGGAAUACAGAAGAAGUUGUAGAACUCGUCAAGAUUGCCAAUGAAUUUAGUAUACCAAUUAUUCCCUUUUCUGGAGGUACAAGUUUGGAAGGUCAUUUUGCUGCUCCUCUAGGUGGUAUAUCUAUAUCUUUUCGAGAACAUAUGGAUGACAUUAUAGCUUUACAUUUGGAAGAUAUGGAUGUGGUGGUGAAACCUGGUGUUGGCUUUGAAGAUUUAAACAAAGUACUUCGUGAAUAUGGAUUAUUCUUUCCCGUUGAUCCAGGUCCAGGUGCAUGUAUUGGAGGAAUGGUUGGCACUUCAUGUAGUGGAACAAAUGCUGUUAGGUAUGGCACAAUGAAAGAAUGGGUGAUCAAUUUGACUGUAGUGACUGCAGAUGGAAAAGUGAUCAAAACACGACAAAGACCAAGAAAAUCAUCUGCUGGAUAUGAUCUUACUCGACUUUUUAUUGGAUCCGAAGGGACUUUGGGUAUUGUUACUGAAAUCACAUUGAAAUUGGCAGUUCUACCCGAAAAAGAAGCAGUGGCUGUAUGUAAUUUCCCUACAAUCCGUGAUGCUGCUGAUGUGGUACCAGAAUUAGUCCGUGCUGGUGUUCAGAUCAAUGCUGUGGAACUCUUGGAUGAUGAAAUGAUGCGAGCAGUGAUGAUGUCGAGCCCACAAUUGGGUCACGCAAUCAAACCCACUUUAUUUUUCAAGUUUUCUGGUAGUCAAGCACAAAUAGAUCAUGAAAUCAAAGUCGUAUCGGAAAUUACUCGGCAACAUAAGGGUGGACCAUUCAAAUAUGCUAAAGAUGAAAGUGAACGAAAAGAACUCUGGGAAGCUCGCAAAAUUUGUUUAUGGAGUGCAUCUUUACUCAAGCAAAAUGCAUCUGUUUGGACAACCGAUGUAGUAGUACCUCUUUCUCGACUUCCUGAUAUCAUUGAUGAAACCAAGAAAGAUCUUAAAGAGUCGAUGAUCGAAGGCGCAAUUGUUGGACAUGUUGGUGAUGGCAACUUUCAUGCAUUUUUGUUAUUUGAUGAAACCAAACCUGAAGAAUAUGAAGAAGCCAAGCGACUCAACAAAAAGUUAUUAGAAAGAGCCAUUGGUAUGGAAGGUAGUGUCAGUGGUGAACAUGGUUGUGGCAUUGGAAAAAAGGGUUAUCUACGAUCAGAACUUGGUGACACGACAGUGGAUAUGAUGGCAACGAUAAAAUAUGCUUUGGAUCCAAAAGGAAUCAUGAAUCCUGGCAAGGUAUUACCCGAUGACUAG